AUUGGUAAACAGAAAUAAUUGAAUUAUAGUGGGCCAAAAGCAUUUAGCUCGUCAAUUAAUUAACGUAUACACACAUGACUUUGUAAUAAGUUCUAUAAGUGAUGCUUACAUGUCACUCCUUGGCGUUAGGCUUUAGGGUUUCUUUUUCCGAAGGAGCAGAUCAUUUGGUAGGGUUUAAGGAUUUUGCAGGAGCUUGUCCAGGCUAGGAGCUCAGCCAGCCAUGGGGUUUUGGGGGAUUGAACUUAAACCAGGAAAACCGUAUGCUCUUGAAUUUGAGGGAGAUAGGGAAAGACUCCAUCUUUCACAGGCAACACUGGGCGCUGGUUCAUCUGAUAAAAAGGCCAUAGUCCAGUGUUCCAUUGGAGGCAAGAAACCGAUAUAUUUAUGCUCUCUAUUGCCCGAAAGACUUGAGACUUGCCCUCUGAAUAUUGAAUUUGAUGAUGAGGAUGAGGUCACCUUCUCAGUUAAAGGAAAUCACCAUGUUCACCUCUCUGGUUUCUUUUUGAGUGAAUGUGGAGAUUGUGAUGAAGAUGCGUACGGGUCUGAUGCAUAUGAGGAUGGCUAUGCCGAAAGUGACAGUGGUGCAGAUGAUUCUUUUUAUGAUUCUGAGGAGGAUGAAUUUGAAGAUAGUGAUAUCGAUAUGUACCCAUCUUCACCAGUCCCAAACAGUGGAGUUAGAAUCGAGGAAAUUGUAGAGGAUAAGAAUCUCACCAAUGAGAAUGAUGUGUCCCAGGGGCCAAAAAAGAAGAAAAAUUGCCUUCCUGAAAGCCAAGAAAACACUUAUCAACAGAUAGUUGUGAAGAGCAAUAAAGGUGAUCCUACGGUUGAAAGUGAAGAUGAAGAUGGCUUUCCGAUAGCUACCUCAAUUAAGACCAACACUGAAGCAGUGCCCAACAAACCAAUAUUACAAGAGAGUGAUCACGGAACUGAUGAAAGAGUCCAGAACGUAAAAAGAAAAAUUGAUGCUGUCGGGCAAACCACUGGAUCCGAAAAUGCUAAGCAAAAGAAAAAGAAUAAGAAGAAGAAGAAGGUUUCAGCUAGCGAGGAUACUUGUUUGGAGAGCACUGUGCAAUGUAAUGAUGCUGAUGUUCAUGAUAAAGAGAAAGCUUCAUCUGCUGAAAAGGAAACCAAUAAGAAGACAACUAAUGAAGUUAAGGUAGAGACAAAGAAGAAGAAAAAGAAGCAAGAAAUAAAUGGAGAGCAGAGCUGUGAUAAAGAAAUUAAAUCGUCCAUGGAAGUAGAGGAGAAAACUGACGUUAAGCCCUCAAAAGUGAGGACUUAUUCUAAUGGGCUUGUCAUAGAGGAGCUAUCAAUGGGUAAACCGGAUGGUAAAAGAGCUAUAGCUGGAAAGAAGGUUAGUGUCCGCUAUAUUGGCAAGCUGAAGAAGAAUGGCAAAAUUUUUGACUCAAAUAUCGGCAAAGCACCCUUUAAAUUCCGUUUAGGUAUUGGUGAGGUUAUAAAGGGAUGGGAUGUUGGUGUUACGGGCAUGCGUGUUGGGGAUAAAAGAAGACUCACCAUUCCACCAGCUAUGGGGUAUGGAGAAAAAGGUGCUGGUGCGGUUAUACCACCAAACUCAUGGCUUCUUUUUGAUGUUGAGUUAAUUAACGUAAAUUGAUUGUCUCCCAUAUUUCUCUCUUUGGAAGUGUUAUCUUUUUUCCCUUUUGGGCUCCUCUUUCCUUUUGUUAGAAAUCAAUUUUGGAACACAAUCUAAUAUUGCAACUAUAUUAUGAAUUAUUGAAUGUGUUCGUUCAGACAUUAUAGUUCCAUUGUUACUAUGUAUUUUUUCUCCAAAACACCAACAUUUUGUAGUGUGGAAUAGGGAUAUGAUUUGGCUCUCUUCUGGUUUGUAUUGUUAUUAUUAGUGUAAAUGCGCACCCGAACCCAUCAAUUGAG